AUGGCUCGCACCUCUGGGCUUAAGCAAAUUCUUACUCCAACUCUCUUCGAAAAUGUCCUGAAGCUGUGGUUUGCACAUGUCUGCGAGGAGUCCUUGAUUCUACCCAGCGGAAGCGAAAUGGGCAAAUGGUUUACUAGAGAUGAAGCUUUCGAUCACACCUGUGUGAAGCAAUUCCGCCCUGCCUUGGAAGCUCUCAUUAACUCGGAAGCUUCGGCUUCGGACAUCUUGUCCGCAGUCAAUCCCUCCUCGCCUUUGGAAUGGCUCAGCAUUUUGAUUUUGCUGGACCAAAUCCCCCGCAACUGCUAUCGGGGCGAUGAGUCCAAGAUCGUAUUUGGGCGCUUCGACCCACUGGCUGAAGCGAUUGCCCUUCAGGCUCUUAAGCAAAACGUGCCCACUCAGACUUCAUACUUGAAGUAUCGAUUGGCAUAUCGCAUCUGGUUCCACAUGCCUUUGAUGCACUCGGAAAGCUUAGCUGUGCAUGAACAAGCCAUCCAAGUGCAAGAGGAUAUCGCCCGGGAUAUGGACGCACUGCUGGCUCAGGACGGGACUACGCUGACAGAGGAAGAACGCGAGUGUCACAGUGCUUUGGCGAGCAAGGCGGAUAUAGUUCAAAAGUUCUUGACUCAGAACAUCGAUUAUGAGAAGCGGCAUAAGGUUAUCAUCGAGCAGUUUGGACGUUACCCUCAUCGGAACCAGGCACUUGGUCGGACAUCCACCCCAGCCGAAAUUGAGUAUCUGGAAAAUGGCGGGGAGACCUUUGGCUAG